AUGGAAUCGAGAAGGAACGUGAAUAUUUCUCCAAAGGCGGAUUGUUUGAAAGGUGUUGUGGCGUGCCAGUGCGAGUUGGGUCGAGAGAAGUUACUCACAGCUCCACCCUAUCGACACGCUUACACCAAAACUGAUGAAAAAUCACGUAUAUCGACAGCCCCCUGUGCCAGAGAGCUCGAGCUCUUCAAAUGUCCCACGACCCAGAUACUCGUCACCUUCAAAUCCCCCGUUCACCCAAACGAAUCGUUCAGCAAGGUCUUCCCAGCGAGCACCCAAGUUAAAUUUGUCAAACGCAAAUUGGCCAAGUUACUCUCCGUAUCAAGUGACAAUCUCCUAUUAACCAAAAAUAGAAAUGUACUGAACGACAGCAGCGAAUUAUCCGACUUGAAGACUGACGCUCUUGGAAAUUUAGUUAUUGAUGUAUUAACAAAAGACUCGGAGGAAUUCUCUCUUUCAUCUAUUCCGGUGGAGUAUUACGUCUAUGAACUUUUGCAAGCAGUUACCCCAAAAAAGCGAAUGAUACCUUUCAUUGCUAUUAAAUUCAGAGUUCGGAAUCAAAAUGGAAUAUUUACCCGAUCGUACCAUUCUAUAAUGAAAGUUCACGAAAAAAAAAAUCUGGCAGGGCUAUUUCAAACCGAUCCGGAUAAUUUAGUACUGUUGAGAGGGGAACAUCCCUUAGCAGACCGCAUGGCUCUACUAGACUUAGAUUUCGAUAAAUACGGCAUUGUGGAAGUAGAGUUACUUACGAAAAAUAACGAAGUGUUAAAUUUAGAUAAACUAUACAAAGAAAUGCCAGUCAACGAUGUCUUGUCAGUCAAUGUGCGAUUUGGUAACACAGUAAAGAGAAUCAACGUUGAAGUUUUUUCUUUACCAAUGAAGAAGCCAUAUUUAGGGGGAUAUAAAAACAUACAUACAGGACAAAUCUAUCAUCAUGCCUACACCCAGACACCACAAAAACCUGAAAAACUACCACCGGAAAAGAAGAACUGUCGAGAUACACAAACAGCCGAAGAAAAGGAAAAGAUUUAUGACACCAGCUACAGCCGAGCAACACAAAUGAACUCGACCCAGGCAUACAUACCGAACGUGACAGACAGGAUCGUGGUGCCCAAGCAGUAUGAGACCUACGAGGAAAUGCGGGUGCGGCUGAACCACGACCACUACGCUUCGAUCAUCCAGCGAGCUUUCAGGCAUCACCAGUUUAGGCAGAAGGUGGAACGGUGGCUGAGAGUAUGCAUGGAAAGGAUAGCCCGCAUGAAAGAGGAAGAUCGUUUGGAGCAGGAAGCUAUGGAGAGACGUUUGCGCCGCGACCUUAUCACCAAAACCUUCCCUAAAACGAGAGAAGAUUUCGAUCAACUUUACGCAAUGGUUGACAGAUGGAAACACGCUGAGAUUUCCAGAAUUUCACAGCUGCAUUCAAAAGGACCUAAAAUUGCUGAAUUCACUCUGCUACUGGAUAAAGAAGUCGAGCUGCUACGUUGCAUCGAAUCCUAUCGAGUGAAAGUGAAAGAGGACAGUCGAAAGACCAAAGAACAACAGUUUUUGGAAGAAAUAUCCAAACCUAUAGCAUGGUACGGUAAGGACGACAAGCUUAUAACAAUGGAAACAAUAGAAAUACAAAGGGCUAGAAAACUAAAGGAACUCUACAACUGUUUUCUACGUGAGGAUAUGGAAAUAAAAGAACGCUUGGAGCUUCUCGUAGAUAUGAAGUAUGCUUUGACAGAGUUUCGCCAUCCUCUAGCCGAAGAAAUCAUUACAUUACUGGACAGAGAAUGCGAUCUCGUCGUUAGAAGAUGCGAGGACCAACAGCUCGACUUUCUGAGAAGAAGGAUUGCAGCUAGCAUAUUACAAUUUAUCAAAACGUCUGAACUGAACUCUGGUGUGACAAAAUGCAAGGACAUCAGAGACUACAGGAAGAUGGAAAACACUCGACUACACUACUGCGAGAUGUGCAAUAAAGUGAAACCUUACUCGGACUUCCCUCUAGACGCAAGAAUGAGCUGGUUCCUGACUUGCAAGUCGUGUUCGUGGAAGGACGCACACGAGAGCCUGUGGAUCGACAUGACGCCGUACAAGUUCAUACUGAGAGCCGUUCAGCGCGAAGAGCGGCGCCGCAAGUGCUGGGGAUCUUUAGCGUUCGUUCUCCACGAGAAAGAUAUCUUCUUCAUCGUGGAGAAAUUGUGGCAUUCACAUUCGGCAAUCAGUGAAUGCCGAGACGUGACAGAGUUGAGGCUGUGCCGCUGGAACGUGCACGAGGACUGGUCGCCGUGGAACUGCUUCCUGGUGACGGUGGCGGAGAUGAAGGCGCACCUGCGGCUGGAGCGGCCGGAGGAGGUGUACGACGAGGAGUUGGUGCAGAAGGUGUGCACCAAGCACAAGCUGGCGAAGGCCAACUUCGAGCAGAUGACGGCCGUCAACAAGCGCUACACGGAGACGGGCACGUGGCAGGCCGUGCGGGCGCCGGCCGUCGCCCGGUUGCCCGCAGUUGAGCCGCUGUAACCUUUUCAACGACGCUUCAAGCGCACAGGUGUUGCGCUCGAAGCGUAACGGUCGAUUAUAUGUAGGUUAUCAGAAAGUGCCUUCUGUUAGUUUAAUUUAAUGCACGAUAAAGUAGCACAUGGCGUAAAGCCAUAGAUCAACUAGUAGACAAGUGUUGCACAUUCAACCAUAAAUGAGCGAAAUUAGCUAAAAUGUGUGAUUUGCAAUCCGACACUUUCUCGACUUACGAUACAAGUCGCGAAAUGUCAAGCAUAGUCAAUCGAUUGCUUGCCUUGUAUGACACUUGUCUCCCAGUGAAGCUGUGGCUUAACUAGGGUAAGCAUCCACCAGAGCUGAACGCAGUAUCAGCGAGAAUAAAAAUACGCAGGGUUUUUUCA